UCUGUGGUUAAAUUUUUCUAACAUCCUGGAAACAAAAUGAUCUGAUCAGAUAAUUAAUAGAUACAUUUAGCCAACAUGAAUCUUGGAGUCAAUGUGUAUUUUUUGACAGUGAUAAUAUGUGUAACAAUGAUAAGAGGGAGCCACGUUUGCAGGAGAGGAGAACUUGUGCACCAUACUGUUUCUUGUGAUAAAUUUCACCGAGACUGUCCUAACACAUACAGAUGCAAGGUGGCCCAGAAUAAUUGUUGUCAGUAUAGGAAAGUACCACAGUGCAACCCGUUAAUAGAUAAUUCAACUCAAGCUCCUUAUAAAUGUCGUGGAGGAGGAAGUAUCACCUGCCCCCAAGGCUACUACUGCUAUACUGACCCGAAAGGACUACGAUACAACAUGUGUUGUUUGGAUGUAACAUGUAUUGAUAAUAAUGGAAACAUGCACAAACCAGCUGAUGGCAAAUGGCUUCAUGAAGAUGGCUGUAACAAAUGUUUAUGCAGUAAUUCUGGCACAAUAUCUUGUUCUAACAAGGCUAAGUGUGCAUUAAGAUGCAAUGAAGAAGAUGGUGUGUUUUGGAAAGCAGGUUGUAUUAGAUGUGAAUGCAAAAAUAAACGCCUGAACUGUUUGGGAGUUUGUGAACGUAGCCUUGAAGAAACUGAAUAUACACCAUUCUCCCCAUGUCCAGAAGGAUGUGGAAAACAGGCCCAAGUUAAGCGAUGUAAUGCCUUAAAUGAGGCUGGAGCAGAGUGUUCCAUGCAUGGCCUUAAUUGGAACACCUGUAACAAGGUACAAUGUACAACACCAGGAGUAAGACUAACUGAGUCUACCUCUAUCAUCAUAGGAGGUAAAGAAGUCAGCCCAAAGAACAAUUACCGUUGGAUGGUCUACAUAGACCUCCUUGAUGAUUGCAGGGGAGGUGGGACUCUAAUAAGCCCAAGACAUAUUCUAACAUCCGCACAUCUCAUCAGUAAUAAAAAGUUUGUUAGAAUCAAAACAGGCAAGCAUAGAAUCUCAGCCGAAGAACCAUUCGAACAGGAAAGAUUAGUCAGUAGCUCAUCAUUUAAAAUACACCCAAAUUUUGAUCGAAUAACUUUAAACAAUGAUAUCGCAAUAAUAGUAUUGAAUGAACCAAUACAAAUGAAUAAUGUUACACAGCCAGCAUUACUACCCCCAGAUAAUACAUUUGAAAUAAAAAGACUGGCAUGUGUAAUCACAGGAUGGGGAGACACAGAAGGCUCAGGUUCUAAAUCUUGUAGCCAGCGCCUGUAUUCAGAUGUUCUAUUAAGAACAUGGAUAAAUGACCAUGAUCAAUGUGAAGGACUUUCUGAUGAACCUGUAUCUGACAAAAUGUUUUGUGCACAUGCAGAAGGGCAUGAUUCUUGCUAUGGUGACACUGGUGGUCCAUUACAAUGCAGGCGCAAGGCACACUGGACUGUAUAUGGUAUCACAAGCUGGGGUGCCAGAACAUGCGGCACAGGGUCAGGGGUAUAUACCAAAGUAACUGAAUAUAUCGACUGGAUACAAGAUACGAUAAAAGUCGAUGGAAACUGGGGAGAAUGGAGUCCAUUUACAGCAUGUAGCGCAACAUGUGAUAUAGGGAAAAAGUCCAGAGUGAGAGUGUGUACCGACCCUGCACCCAUAGGAGCUGGUAUAUGCCCUGGUUUCACCCAUACAGAUGAAGAUGGGACGAUGGCACAAGUACAGGAGACACCUUGCUUUGUAACGCCAUGCUAGUAAAUUACCAGAACAUGUACGCAAAGUAUCUGUCACUGAUGAGCAAUAAAUGUUGCAAAAAGAAGAAGGCAAACAAGUUAUUGUUGUGACUAUGGCACCAAAAUUG